AAGGCACGAUUAUGAUAAAGCACAGGUUUAUUAGAUAAGGCAGGGUCAGGCAGUCCAGGUCAUACACGGAAGUGUUCAGUGAGCGGUAAACAAGGGAGCAGGCAAUCUCUGAUUAAAUGUCCAGGCAGGGUUCGAUACACAAGCAGGCUCGGUAAAGGUACAAACGGGGAUAAGGCAAACUCACGGUCAGGUAGUUAGUCCAGGUUCUCUUACAGGCAGGAUACACGGAGCAAGGCAAAACAGGAACAGGCACGAGGAGCACGGAACACGGAACACGAAAACACGGGAAACUCUGAACGCUCAGGAAACACGCGACACUGAUGAAACACGACAAUCUGGCAAGUGACUACGGGAACAGGAGGUGACUAAAUACACAGUUUGCAGACGCCCGUGAGUGCGCAGACGCCACAAGGUUAGCCCCGCCCCCUGCGAGUGACGUACCUUCCCCUCUCGGGCUCGAGCGGCUCCACUCUUUCGAACUGCGUCAUUGCCGAGACUGUCAACAUGGCGGGUACUGUGGCGAACAAAUGUCUGAGUCCUCUGGCUCUGCUCACCAGGAGGCUGUCUGCGCCGGAGUUCAUCACCCAGUGCUGUUACCACAAGAAGGUGGUGGAUCAUUAUGAGAACCCAAGAAAUGUGGGUUCUCUGGACAAAAACUCCAAGAAGGUCGGGACUGGUCUGGUGGGCGCUCCAGCCUGUGGAGACGUGAUGAAGCUUCAGAUCGAGGUGGACGACCAAGGGAAGAUCGUCGAUGCCAGGUUCAAAACCUUCGGCUGCGGCUCUGCUAUCGCCUCCAGCUCCCUGGCCACUGAGUGGGUGAAGGGCAAAUCUGUGGACGAAGCGCUGAUGAUCAAGAACACGGACAUCGCCAAAGAGCUCAGUCUUCCUCCAGUUAAACUCCACUGCUCCAUGCUGGCGGAGGACGCCAUCAAGGCUGCGCUGGCUGACUACCGGCUCAAGCAGCGGGACGACCAGCAGGAGGCAGUCAGGGCCAGCAAUUGAACCCCCCCUCCCAACCCGAGCUGGAGCUGGAAGCAGCGGUCCUCCAGCAGCCCCAGCUCCCGUCCUGCAGCGUCGAUGACGCACACCUACUCUGCUGAUAACCAGUACCCCCCCGACGACCCCAGUAGCGGUGUCACACUGGGCUUAGGCUGUGACCCCUCACCCUGUACUGUACCUGCUAGCCUGUCACGUAAACGCACAAACGAAGCACUGUUGAGGUUGUUGGUACAAAGUUGAGCCUUAUUUCUGAGACUGUGUUACAUUUAGGAAUUUAAGCCUGAGGAGUGUUUGAAUGUUGUGAUGGGAUUCAGAAUUAGGUUAGAAGUGAAGCUGAGUAUCCAAAAGACUGACGUUUUGAUAUGCAAUCAAGGAAAGUGGCUGAGAGUAAUUUAUACUUCGAUAAUGAUGCUUCCUUGUAAGUCUGUAAUAAAAGUAUCUUGAACCGUA